AUGCGUCAGAGGGAGCCAUGCAUGGCAGGUCUCUACCUCCGGGAAGAAUUAGGGUUCAAGCACUCAGCAGGCUUCAGCUUGGUUUCCAAGGGCUACAGAGUGAGUGUAGUGCACACAGCUGUUGUGUACCAGCCUGACCUCUGGCUUAGAGUUUCCCAGACGGUGAAAUCAGCGCUGGAUAUUGAUGAGUGUGCUACUGGGAGAGUUAUCUGUCCACGAUUUAGGCACUGUGUCAAUACUUUUGGAAGCUAUAUUUGCAAGUGUCAUAAAGGCUUCGAUCUAGUGUACAUAGGAGGCAAAUACCAGUGCUAUGAUAUAGAUGAAUGUUCCCUUGGCUACCAUCAGUGUGGCAGUUUUUCACGAUGUUACAAUACACCAGGAUCCUACAAAUGCAAGUGUAAAGAAGGGCACAGAGACAAUGGAACAAACUGCAUACAACGGCCGGUGACCAAGCCAACGACUCGUCCUACUCCAGGACCAACAACUCGUCCUACACCUGUGCCAACGACUCGUCCUACACCCAGGCCAACAACGCAUCCUACACCAGUGCCAACGACUCGUCCUACACCCAGGCCCACAACUCGACUGACACCAAAGCCAACCACUAGGUAUGUGCCUGUGACAACAAGGCCAGUGAUGAGGCCGCCACCUCCAACACCACCUCAGCCUACAAUGAGACCUAUGCUACCACCACAAACAACUCCUCUGAUAAGAACUGAAGAGCCUUCACAGGUUCCCAUUGAAACAACACCUUCCCCAGGAAUUACAGAUGACAACAGGAUACAGCCGGAUCCUCAGAAACCCCGAGGAGAUGUGUUCAUUCCACGCCAGCCUGGAGUGAGCAAUAAUCUGUUUGAAAUACUUGAAAUUGAACGAGGGAUUACCGCCGAUGAAUAUGAAGCAAAUGAUGACCCAGGUGUGCUGGUACACAGCUGCAAUUUUGACAGUGGACUGUGUGGAUGGAUGAAGGAAAAAGAUGACGACUUGCACUGGGAACCAGUGAGAGACACAUCAGGGGGAUCAUAUCUUACCAUCGCCGACCCCGAAGGCAAAGAAGGAAGAGCAGCGCAUCUUAUCCUGCCGCUGGGUCACUCGGCGCCGGCUGGCGACUUGUGCCUGUCGUUCAGACAUAAGGUGCCUGGGCUGCAUUCUGCGGCCCUCCAAGUCUUUGUAAGGAAAAACGGCGCUCACGGACCCGCAGUUUGGGGAAGAAACGGGGGCCACGGCUGGAGACAGACACACAUAACUUUGCGAGGAGCGGGCAUCAAGAGUGUUAUUUUCAAAGGGGAGAAAGGGAAAGGAAGAACUGGGGAUAUUGGACUAGAUGACGUGAUCUUGAGGAGAGGACGCUGCUCUGAGGAGCAUUAG